GGAGGCGGCGGCGGCGCUGCCUGAUGCCGUCACACACCCGCCAUGACGUACCCAUGCGCCCGAGGAGAGAGCGGAGACAUCGGCGCGCGCGCGCUGCGGGAGCCCGGCAUGAGGAUUUUAUGGAGAUUAUAUGGAUACUCUUCUAGACUACUGAAAACUAAACUUUUUAGAACAGCUGCAUCAAAUACAUCAUUUCCAGAAGUUUGGUUACUGCUGGUACAGUAUUUUGAAAGAGUACCUGGAUUUUUUUGGGUAGUUCAGAGAAACAGUUUCUUUACAAUGCCUGAAAUUCUAGAAAAUAAAGCUGAUAUUGAACUAUAUUCACCUCAUCCUGAAGUACGUGGAAUGACAACACUUGACAGAGCAGCUUUCAAAAGGACAAUUGUUGUUCCAGUUCUAAAAGUGAAAAAAGAAGUAAUAAACAAAUUGUUAAAAUCCUUCAAACAUACAACACUGCAGCGCCCAGGUCUGAAGCGAGUGAUUGAUGAUCCAAAAGAUGAAGACAGUAGACUUGUUUUGUUGGAUCCUCAUAAAAUAUCAGCAGAAUAUUCACUGGGAGAAUCUGAACAAGAAAUAUUAAAGCAGUUUAGUAUUGACCCUCAGGUGUCCAAGUAUAACUUAGAACUGACUUAUGACAAUUUCAAGACUGAGGAAAUCUUACGAGCGGUGCUUCCUGAAGGUCAAGAUGUCACCUCUGGAUUUACUAGGAUUGGCCAUAUAGCUCACUUGAAUCUUAGAGAUCAUCAGAUACCCUACAAACAUCUGAUUGGUCAGGUUAUAAUUGACAAGAAUCCAGGAGUCACCUGUUCAGUAAACAAAAUCAAUAUUAUUGACAACACUUAUCGAAAUUUUCAGAUGGAAGUGCUAGCAGGAGAGGCCAAUAUGAUAACAAAGACUAGAGAAAACUACAUCACCUAUGAAUUUGACUUUUCUAAAGUCUAUUGGAAUUCCCGUCUAAGCACAGAACAUGGCCGUAUCAUUGAACUUUUAAAGCCAGGUGAUGUUCUAUUUGAUGUCUUUGCCGGGGUUGGGCCUUUUGCCAUUCCAGCUGCAAAGAAAAAGUGCAGCGUAUUUGCAAAUGAUCUCAACCCUGAAUCCUACAAAUGGCUUCUACACAACUGUAAAUUAAAUAAAGUGGACAAAAAAAUAAAAAAUUUCAAUAUGGAUGGUCGGGAUUUUCUUCUGGGGCCAGUUAAAGAAGAGCUAACCAAGGAACUGUCACUUCUGACAAAAGAAAGGAAAAACACUCUGCACAUAGUCAUGAAUUUGCCAGCUUUGGCUAUCGAAUUUUUAGAUGUUUUCAAACAUUUCUUAGAUGGAAAGCCAUGCAGCACUGACCUCCUUCCCACAGUGCACUGUUACAGCUUCUCAAAACAUGAUAAUCCGGCCAAAGAUGUUCAAGAACGGGCUGAAGCUUUUCUGGGAACUUCUUUAGAGGGACGCUGUUCUACUCAUCUGGUGAGAAAUGUUGCACCAAAUAAGGAAAUGAUGUGCAUCAGUUUCCAGAUCCCAGCUGAAGUGCUGUUCAAGAAGCAGUGUACUCAGGAAGAGAGUCCUGUGGAACCAGCCUCUAAACGUCUGCGCCCAAAUGAAGAUUCUCCUGAAGAAAAAUUGACUAGUUUAAAAGACUAGUUAAUACAAUUUUGGUUAUUUUGUGCAAGAGAGCUAGGUUGGAAAGCUGCCCUCAAGUCACUGAAAGCAGAAUGGAUUUGCCCCCAUAUGCCAAGAAAAUAGUCAUAAUUUUUUUUGUUUUUGUUUUGUGAGCUCCUUGCUCCUGUGCAUUUUUUUUUUAAAUUCCAGGAUCAGUAACUAGACAGGCUCAUUUAUUUUAUUGCAGAGAAUAUUAAACUUUUUAUUUUCUCAUGUUAUGUGUUA